CAGAGAUCAUUUGGCACUCAGACAGAUGAAACAAUAACCCAAGUUCAAUCGAUUUCAUCAUUGUCACACCAAGUUAUGGAAGAUAUUCAAAGUGAUGAACCUGAAGAUAAUGAUGAAGAUUCAACUGAGGAAGAAGAGGAAGAUUCAGACGAGCUUUAUCUUCCAGAUGACUCUGACCUUGAAGUUGAGGAUGACGAGGAUGGUGAAGGGGAAGUUCAGACGGCGACUUACAAGUUAAGACAGGAUACAGCACCCAUGGAUGAGAAGCAGUUCUUAGUCAGUGAAACUGCACUAGCUGAAUUGUUGUCUGUAUGUCGCUACUGUAGUGCAGAAUGUACACCUGUUAUCAAGUUUUUUAGAGGGACAUUCAUUUACACAUCUUCAAAAUGUUUAAAUGGGCACGAAUUUACUUGGAGUAGUCAACCAUGCCACAACACUUUGCCUUGGUCCAAUCUUUUCACAGCUACUGCCAUACUGACUAGUGGCUGCAAUGCUACCAAAGUAUUGCAAGUAUUUAAGAACAUGAACCUACAGAUGUUCACUGCUAGGACAUACAACAGACUACAGGCAUAUUAUGUUGUACCUUCUGCGACGAAAACCUGGGAUUUUGAACAGUCCCAGUUGUUAACAGAAAUAAAGGAUGGACCAAGCCAAGAUGUUGUUGUAGGUGGAGAUGCUAGGUGCGACUCACCCGGAUACUCUGCUAAAUAUGGGACAUAUACAAUCAUGGAUCUGGAAAGGAACAAAAUUCUAGAUUUUCAGCUUGUUCAGAGUAAUGAAGUCAAAGGAUCAUCCCACAUGGAACUUGCAGGUUUGAAAAGAGCUAUGGGAUUUUUAAAAGAUCAUGUGAACAUCAAAACACUAGUCACUGAUCGCCAUUCCAUGGUCAAAAAGUACAUGAAAGACUGUCAUGCAGAGAAAAAUCAUUACUUUGAUGUCUGGCACAUUGCAAAAGGUGUAUCUAAGAAACUUGAAAUAGCAUCAAAAAAGGUCAGCGGUGAGCAAAUACGACCUUGGAUUAAGUCUAUUGCUAACCAUUGCCACUGGACAGCUUCAUCAAGUGAAGAUGAUGGUGAACUGAAGCAAGCUAAGUGGGCAUCUGUUGUCAACCACAUUGCCAACAAACAUGAAAACCACUCCAGGAAGUACCCUAGAUGUGAGCAUGCUCCAAUCAAUGAUGAAAGACAAUGGAUUAAAGAAGGUUCGGUCCCCUACAAGCUGAUGAAAGAAAUCAUUUUGAGCCCUUUCCUUGUAAAGGACAUUGCCAAACUUUCACCUACUCACCAAACCUACAGCCUUGAAGUGUUCCACUCCGUGGUGAAUCACUAUGCACCAAAGAGCACUCAUUUCUACUACCCGGCCAUGUAUGCAAGAUUGAGUGUUGCAGCUCUGCAUUUUAAUGAAAAUAGUGGAAGACAGCAGGCAACUUCCAAAUCUGGUGAAUUGCAGUAUGGAAUAUCUUAUCCGAAAGCAAAAAAGGGAUUAGAGGCAGUCGUCAAACCAAAGAAAACACCUCCAACAUUUAACUAUGUGACAAUAAUUAAACAAGCUGUUCAUGAACGGAGAAGUUCAGAGUGUCCAUCAUAUAGAUCAGCUGCACUGGAUAUUUCUGUCCUAAAUGAAGAUGUUCCAGUGCCACUCACUCAGAAUUUUGAACAUUUCGAGAAGGCAGCUUUAAUUCGCAGGCAUUCAUCAAGAUAUGCAAGAAGAUAA